AAUGGAAUAAUUACACACUAGCCAUUUUAUAAUUUAUUCACUUUCAUUUUUUGUUUUUUUUUUUUUUUUUGAGAGAUUCUUCGCAAAUUUUAAGGGAGUUAGGAUUUUUUUUUUUCCACGGACAAUAAUCAACUUUUUGUUAGUGUUUGUCUUAAUUCUAUUAGUACUAUAAAUUUUAGAUUAAUUUAAAAAACUGCAUUAGUUUUUCAUCCAUAGUUCCAUACAUAACACAGUAACACACCGCCCAAAUCAAAGAGCAAACAUUCCAUCAAAGAGUACACAAAACCAUGGCCAAACCACUAUUCGUCGUCUCUUUCUCUCUCUUCCUCCUCUUACCUCUCUACUCUUCAUACCCUAACCCUAAUUCCGGUACAUCACCAUCACCGGCACACACUGAGCUCACUAAUCACGGAUUCCCCAUCGGAUUACUCCCCUCCGACAUCCUCACCUACACACUCAACCGGACCUCCGGCGACUUCUCUGUCCACCUCGGCGGCAUGUGCAAGGUCACGCUCCCUCCGGACAACUAUCUCGCCACGUACUCCAAGAAAUUCACGGGAAAGAUCGUCGAGGGGCGAAUCGCCGAGCUCGAAGGAAUUAGGGUUAGGGCUUUCUUCAAGUGGUGGUCCAUCACCGGAAUCAAAUCGAAAGGCGAGGAUUUGGUGUUUGAGGUCGGUAUGGUCACCGCCUGUUACCCCUCGAAGAACUUUGACGAGAGUCCUCCAUGUGAGGGCAAGCGAUCUGCUGAUUAGGAUAUUCACAAUGUUCAGAGGUCCGAUCUUCAGAUUCUUAACCGUAUAUACACAUCCACGCAUGCAUACCCAUGUACUACUAUUUGACUGGCUCUUUUCAAAAUUGAACCUUUUUUUUCGUGGAGGAUGAUGUGUCCGCUUUUCUGUGUAUAUAUACGUAUAUCUUCGUGUUUAUAUGAAUUGUUGUCAACCAAAUUUAAGAUUCAAUUGGCU